CUCCAACGUGUUAAGAUGAAUUUAAGUUAAUCAGUCGCCAUGUAUAGGAUUCUAUCUAUUUUACCUCUUCUUCUGUCGGUCGUGUUUGCCACGGAAUGUCCUAACGGCUUUCUUCCCCACUACAACUCCUGUCAUGCGCCCAUACUCGACCUGGCUGGCUGGGCAGAGGCGCGGCAAUACUGUGCGGCAAUGGGUGCAGAGCUGUCUCGUGUUGAAAGAAUAGAAGAACAGCAUUACUUGGAGGGCUUACUCAGCAGAUAUAAAGGCAAUUACUGGAUCGGCGGUCUAGACUUCCUAGAAGAAGGCGUGUUUAUGUGGGACAACACUCUGCAGCCGAUCGGCCAGACGUUCUGGGCUCCGGGGGAACCGUCCGGCUCGAACUGUCUGCUGCUGUUAGAAAAAUCGCACUACAAGUGGGCGGACGAGGCGUGUCCCUCCAAACAACACUUCGUGUGCGAGAUGCCGGCUGGCGCACCUCCACUAGUUGGUUAAGAUGUGACGUUUUCUAUCCGAUGUGCUAAAUCGUUUAACACAUUACAGAAAUCGUCCUUUCAAUACGAUUAAACGUAUUAAAAAUAUUUCACCAAAAUUAA